AAAUUUUUAUAUUAAAAAUGAAGGAUCCUCCUGAUCGCUCAAAGCAGGAUGAUGAUUUUGAAAUGACUGAGUUAAGUGACCAUGAGCACGAGUCAGAAACAUCCUCAAAUAAUAUUCAUUCCAUAGAUGAAAUUUCUUAUAUAUUUUUACUGAUAAUAGCAAUGAAAAAGGCUCUUCCUCUCUCCCUAUCAUUAGUUGCAAAUGUCGGCUCUCUUACCUUUAUUUCAUGAACGAUGUCAAGAAUGACGAGGAAUCAGGAUAUCCUUGGAGCAGUGGGACUUGGCAAUAUGACUCUAAAUCUAAUCCUCAGAAGCUACAUUUUUGGCUUCAAUAACUCACUAAUGUCAUCAUUAUCUCAAGCGUAUAGAACAGGACAAUAUAGUAAAAUGGGUCAUAUCAUAAACAAAAGUAAAAUAUUAUUCCUACUCUGAAUGAUUCCUCUGAUGAUAUUUCUAUUUUUCAUUUACAGAAUACUACUUCUCUUCGGAUUGAAUGAGAGGGUUGCCUCCAAUACACAGUUCUAUGUCAGAAUUGGGAUGAUAGCUUUUGUAUUCCACCUUUAUUUUGACGUUUAUCGUAAAAUGCUAAAUUCUAUUGGGCUCUCGUAUGUGCAUUCUUCAGUCCCUUAUAUUUCCUUUGGGCUUCAUAUCUUCUGGUGAUUCUCUCUGAUAACUUACUUUGAUUUGGGACUAGUAGGAGCUGCUAUUUCUGUAAACAUUCAGUCACUCACAAACCUAGCAAUUUUAUACCUGAUAGUGCGCUGGUUUGGAUACGGAAAGGAAAUAUCAAAGCCGAUGAGCAAAGAAGCUUUUGAAGGAUGGUCAGAAUUUUUAGUCAAAGGAAUCCCUUCCUUUCUUCUACAGUUAAUCUCUUAUAUGUCGAUUGAAAUCAUCAUCCUUCUCUCUGGAGCUAUCGACACUGAAAUCCUCAUUGCAAAUUCAGCACUAGUGAAUCUUCUCUAUCUGAUGUAUCUUUAUAUCUACGGUGCAGUGCAGGCUCUCUCCCCAAUGAUCACUACAGAGAUUCGUGAAGGAAAUAAAAAGGGUGCUGAGAGGAUAAUCAACACUUUGAUCUUAUUCGGAGUGGUUUUUACUUUCAUCUCAUUAUUAAUUCUUCACUGAUUUAAGCACUUUAUUUUCUACCUGUACACACCUCAAGAAAGUAUUAUCGAAAAGAUGGACAAGAUUGUUUAUAUUUAUUCUCUAGCGUUAGCUCUCAAUAAUAUGAAGGAUACUCUGGUUGGAGUCAUUAUAGGGCUAGGGAUCCAGAACAAAACAGUGGCAUUCAAUUUAGUGUCAUAUCUACUCCUCGGUAUACCACUUUCGUACUACUUGUCGCUAAGCCAUCAUUGGACAAAUUCAGGGCCAUGGCUUGGAAUCAGCUUGGCAAAUUUCCUAAAUGUGAUAUAUUAUCUCUACCUCUGCAAAGGAAUUGAUUUGCAAUGGUUUGUCCAACAGUACCGUAGAAAAUACCUCAGAGUAUCCAGAAUAAGCCUAGAUUAGUUUCAUUAAUCUCUGAAAAUAUGCA